CAAGAUGGCCAGUGGGAGUCAGGCUUCUGCAACUGCUCGCCCUGCGAGAGCUGCUUUUUGGCAUGCUGCUGCCCCUGCAUCAUACACGGCAAGACUGCCGAUCGUCUCCGUGACCCCACCAUGGCUACGGCAGAUACCUUCAACAGCGACUGCGUGCUCUUUGGCGUUGUCCAGGCCUGCCUGGGCGUAGGCUUCAUCUUCACAAUGCAGCAGCGAGGCGAGAUCCGCAAGAGAUACGGAAUUAAGGGCUCCGGGCUUGGUGACUGCUGCGCGACCUUCUGGUGCAACUGCUGCGCCCAGAUCCAGGCCGACAACGAGGUUAUCGCGCGCUCUGCCCGCGGCCCGAUUGUCCAGGGCUACCAGCCCCACGGCCCCAUGGGCACCCCGGGCCAGGAGAAGAUCCAGCCUACCGUCCAGGCGCACCCUCAGCAGCAGUACCAGCAGCAGCAGUACCAGCAGCAGUACCAGCAGCAGCCCCAG